UCAACCAGAAGUUGCUGCUGAGGCAACAAACGCGUGUGUUGCCUUGCACUGUUGCCCAGAUGCGUGAGGUCUAUUAGGUUUUUACUUUAAUAUGUCUUGGGUUAAAACUGUUUCCUAUAGCGAAGAUGUUUUUGACGAGAACGCGGACGACCUCACUCUGCAGAGCAAAGAGUGGACAUCCAACAUGAAGAAGCGAGUCAAGGACGGGUAUGUAAACGGAGUUGAAGCCGGAGAGGAGGCCUCUCUUCAGGCCGGGUUUAACCGCGGCUUCAGGGAAGGAGCAGCUCAGACUGUAGCGGUGGGUCGGCUCAAAGGAAUUGUGAGUGCUAUAUGGUGCUGGUGCCAGAUCCAGCAUCCGGAAAGCCCCCUCCCGGCCUCUGUGACCGACCUCCUGCGCAGCGUAUCGCAGCAUGAAGACACAAUCGUGGAGGGCAUCAGGGCGGUUCUGGAGAAUCCUCCUCCCAGUGUGAGCUCCGUCUCUGAGAGCAUGGAGGAUCUGGAGGUGCAGCAGGCAGAGUCGGGCUGUGGAAGAGAGGGAUGUGAAGAAAUGGACUGCUGCAAGAAGGGAGAAGAAAUGGACCUGGCUGCUCCUCACCGGCAGAAAAAGCUCCGUUCCGGGUCCACCGACUGCUCCGCCGGCUCAAGUGAAAGCCUGAACCUCCUCCUGAAGCGCUGCUUGGAUCUGGUGUCAGAGCUCGAACUGCCACAGGAGCUGAUCGGUCACAUACAGGAGCUGAAGGACGUGUAGAGACUGAAGAUCCGAAUCACAACAAUACUCGGAGGAGCACGUGAACUAUGAAACAAAACAGGUUUUACUGUGAGCUCUUUACACAGCAAUGAAGUGCUUUUGAUGUAUAUAAUGUAAGGUAGAAUUUAGCAUUCAUAAUUUAUAUAACAUGGAAGGAGAAUGUUUGAAAAUAAAAAUGGACUCGCUAUCA